CGAUGCCGGCAACUACAUGAAGAACCCCAGAAACACAGGAGGAAUAAUGCGGAAGUAUUACCAGCUGAUUCUUGUUAUCGUUUGCUUUAUUAGCAUCGUAACAUUGCUCAUAUAUCGCCACGAGUAUUACAGACUGCGAUAUGUACUUGAAGUGCUCAAUUUCUUCGGUAAGCCCGGUCUUUCGGAAAUAGAAUUCUGCGGGCCUGGCUUUAACGCCACCAUGCUCUCGGAGAUACUUCGGAAUUCGUCCAUGGAGGUUCGUGAAACUCCCCCGCUUUUUCAAGAAAUCGACGAGAAUUUCUACUCAUACUCCUCAUUCUUAAGAUCGUAUCAAAAAUAUGAAAAACUGUCUCAAGAACAUGCUCACAACAUUGAUACCAUUGUGAUUGGUAAAGCGCAUGUACGACCUAACUUUCGAUGCAACAUUUGGCUUGAGAACUCAGCUAAGCCCAGAUCGGGAAGAUUCAUUUACAAAAUUAUCUCUGAGCCUUCAAACGAUUUUCGACUUUACAUCUUUCAAUGCUCUCUGAAUAAGAAUCUAGGUAAACCUAAAGGUGUUAGUUUCUACAUGAAUGACUACAACAUCAACCCAAUACAUGCCCCAAUAAAUAGAGUUAUACAAGUGAACACCAAAAGGAAGGCUCGUGAAAGAAGUAGCAUCAGAUUUGUAAACAAUAUUGAGCCUGCUAUUUGUGUUAUACCAAACCAAGUGCCUUUGGUCUCUAGAGAUGCUUUCAUUGAAUUCCUUGUGUAUCACCACAUGAUGGGAGUCAAUGCUUUUACCAUUUACGACAGUAUGAUCUCAGAAGAUAUUAUUAGAAGGCUCAAUUUGCUUCCAGCAGAUAUUACCCAAUGGAGCAUACAGUUUUUCCCACUAAACUAUCCUUUCAUAUUUUCAAAGUCCUAUGACAUUGUCAGAAGUGCUAUCGAACUUGAUUGCCUGUUCAGACACUUCAAAUAUGACAAAGAGGAGUCUGAAAAAGCCAGCCAUGCAAUGGUUCUCUCUUGGGAUGAAUUCUUAGUGCCCCGAGUGCAUAACAAUAUCAAGGCCAUACUGGAUGACUUCGAUCCUACAAGGAAAUUGAGAUCAAUUGAGGUCAAACCUCUUCUGUUCUGCCUCAAUCAAAUUGAUGAUGAUAAUGCUGAGAUUGGAUACCCAGAUAUCAUGAAGAAAACUCACUAUUAUGCUUUGCCACAGCCUUUGAAAUCUGUCUAUGUGAGAAAUUUGGAUUCAAUGACAUCGUUUAGUGAUAUUUUCAACCUUAAUUCAACUAGCAAAGUUGUUCCCAUAGAUAUUCUGGGUGUACAUAAGUAUACUGAGUGUAGGGAUCCUAAAUUAUUCCAUCCUGGAGGUGUGGGUUAUAAUGAAACGCAAAUGCAAGUUUUCCAGCACAAAUUUGAAGGUGCCAUGUUGAAGUUUGGCCAAAGUCUGGUCAGCAAUAAGAUAUACAGGCUGUAUAUGUCCGGCCAAAUCUGGGAGAAAGCCUCGAGUGAGAAUGUCAGGGAUAUGUUGUGAAUGUUGAGCAAUAUUAUUCAAUUACUAGAUGGAGCUAUAAGUUCUUAGGGGAAAAUGCCUAAUGAAAUUUGAAAUAUAGUUGUAAACCAAUUGUGCAAUAUUUGGUAGCACAAAGCUGUUUUUAAUCACUAGCUAAAAUAAGGCAUCUUCAACAAAUUAUGGUUUCUUUUCUUUCUAUGUAUUCUUGAUGAAAGAAAUGUGUU